ACAGUAAUGUAAUGUUAAGGACUCCCAGUCAGCUCGCCAACACAGCACACUGAGAUUUGAGUUUCUAUUGCGCUCACCGACCACGCGCUGUUCCCGCCGCAUCUCUAGAGCGCGCAACCAAUGGUUCAUCAGGGAAAGACGGCGUAAGAUCCGAGUUAAGUUACAAAUACCACCAUGAAGAGUCUGCAUUUUGUCCAAAGAUCAGUCUAAGGACAAUGGCCCCCAGCUGAGAGCAGUGACGGGAUUAGACUGAGAUGGAGUUAGACACCUCUGCUGCACUGGACAUUUGGGGCAACAGCUCCAUUCCUGAUUUUCUCCUCAGUGAGAAAAUUAGCAAUGAUACCUGCAUCUUCAACACUUCAAAUUGCACCAAUGGGACAGAUACCGGGACCCGACCAGGAACGAGCAUGGCUGGAAUCCUUAUUCCUCUCAUUUACAUUGUUGUCUGCAUCGUUGGCUUGGGAGGAAACUCUUUGGUCAUCCACAUUGUCCUACACUACUCCAAGAUGGAGUCAGUGACUAACAUCUACAUCCUGAAUCUUGCUAUAGCGGAUGAGCUUUUCAUGUUGGGCCUUCCAUUUCUGGCUGUGCAGAAUGCCAUGCACUCCUGGCCCUUCGGCUCCUUUACAUGCAGACUGGUAAUGACUGUAGAUGGAAUUAACCAGUUCACCAGCAUUUUCUGCCUAACCGUGAUGAGCAUUGAUCGAUACCUGGCUGUGGUUCACCCUAUUCGAUCUUCUAAGUGGAGGCGACCACAAGUGGCCAAGGCGGUGAAUGGGACAAUCUGGGCAGUCUCCUUUUUGGUAGUCUUGCCAGUGGUGAUUUUUGCUAACGUGCAACGAGAGGGAGGAAUCUGCAACAUCAUAUGGCCAGAGCCAGCCAGAAUCUGGGGAGCAGCAUUUAUCAUCUACACUUCCACUGUUGGGUUUUUCUUUCCCCUGUUAGUCAUCUGCAUGUGCUACCUCUUCAUUGUGAUCAAGAUUCGGAGCUCAGGAAAGAAAGUUCAUGCCACUUCAACCAAACGGCGCAAGUCAGAACGAAAGGUCACGCGAAUGGUGGUGAUAGUGGUGGCAGUGUUUGUUUUUUGUUGGAUGCCAUUUUACGCCCUCAAUAUCAUAAACCUGGUCGAGUCACUGCGUGAUGAGCCACAGGGUCUGCACCUUUUUGUAGUGGUUUUGUCUUACGCUAACAGCUGUGCCAACCCUAUAGUUUAUGGCUUCCUCUCGGACAACUUCAAGCAAGGUUUCCGGAAGGCUCUGUGUCGCUCCUCUCGGAGGGUGGAGAACCAUGGGCCCACAGAGAAGCAGCAUCAGGAGGAAAGAAGAAGGGUGCUAAUGCCUAGGGAGAGCCUUAGAAGAGUAGUGAGAGAUGAAGAAGAUGAAGAAGAAGAAGAGGACAGGGAGGAGGUGACAGAGAUGACAGAAAUCUGCAGGAUUACUCAGAAUGGAAAUGGAAGUGGGCAACCCGAAAGCACACAUGUUCUUUUUAUGGAGAGACCCUCAGCUCCAGAGGUUUCUGAGACCGGUUCACCAGACAGGAGAGGCACAGGUGGGGAAGCAUUUGGAAAAGCAACCCUUAUGAAUGGGGUUAAAAAUGGAAAUGUGAAAACAUUGCCAGAGGAACCGGUGGAAAAGAACAGCUCACUGGAGAUCAGCUACUUGUAAAAUA